AUGAUAUUGAAAUUCAGCUUCCUCUUUGUGUAAGUCUAAACAAUUUUUUGAAUAAAAAAUUAAUGAAUUAAGAAUGUUGAUUUCCAUGGUUUCUGCAAGAUCUGUAGAAUCAACAACUCCAAGAACUUCAAGAACAAAAAUUGGUGGUGAAGUACAAGCACGGACAACUGAGAAAUUCGGACCCCGCCAUCAAGGUUAGUCAUAAAAGUUAUUGAUUAAAAUAAUAUGAGUAUGUUUCAGUUAGUGGUCAAACAACAAAAGCACCAAGUCUUUUGGAACUAACAAAGUCAACUAGAUCAAUAAAAUAA